AUGAUCCGCGAUAAGCUCGUGGUCGAUGUUCGUGAUACGCAGUUAUCGGAAAGGAUGCAGUUACAAGAUAAUUUAGAUUAUGGGAAAGCCACAGAAAUGGCGCGAAGCUAUGAGACGGUCCUGCGGCAGAACAAGGAGAUUCAUCAAAGCGCGACAUCUACCGUCGGCGCAACUAACCUUGUACAAGUCAAAGGCAAGAAGUAUCCGCAAGGGAAGACUGGUAACACAUCUUGGAAAUGUUACUUCUGUGGCGGUACUAAACAACAUAAGAAGGACUCGUGCCCCGCGCGCGGAACAAAGUGCAACAAGUGCAGCCAAUUAGGACAUUGGGAAAAAAUGUGCAAGAAAGGACCGAAAAAGGAAGAGUCGAAGAACGUGCAAUCGAACGCGAAAGUUAAUGCGGUGGUCGAAAAUGCGAAAAAUUAUUUUGUCGGCUCGGUAAACAAAGACUGUGGCAAUAUUCAGUGGGAAGAAAUUAUCAAAAUCGGAAGUGUACCGGUGACGUUUAGACUUGACAGCGGAGCGGACGUGACCAUUAUUGGCUGGUCAACAUGGGACAAAUGUUUACGUUCACAAGAUUAUGAAUUGGUGCCCGCGGAUAAAAAAUUAAUCGGCCCGGCCGGACAUUUGUCAGAAACGGACGGAAUGUUUAAAGCACGGUUAAAGUUUACAAAUAAAACCGUUUAUCGGUAUAUUUACGUGGUUCGUGAAAUAAAUCAGUGUUUGCUCGGGCGUGAAGAAUGCGUUCUUUUGAAGUUAAUCGCCCGAUGUAAUCAGGUUGUCGUGAAUCCUUUUCAAGAAUUCCAGCCGUUGUUUAGUGGAUUAGGGCUUUUGGCGGAACCGUAUGAGAUCAAGCUCAGACCGGAGGCUAAAUCCUAUUGUUUACAUCAACCUCGUCGUGUGCCGUUGCCGUUAAUGUCAAAAUUGAAGCAAAAACUGGAUGAAAUGCUCAAGAUGAAGGUGAUUAAACCGGUCGAUCAAUCAACCGACUGGUGUAGUGGCUUGGUAAUAGUUAACAAGCGUGAAUCUGAAGACAUUCGUUUGUGUGUCGAUUUGACGUUUUUGAAUUUGGCUGUGGCUCGAGAAAAUCAUCCGAUGCCCGUGGUGGAGCACACGUUAGGACAGAUGUCAGGAGCCCAGUAUUUUUCCAAACUGGAUUGCAAUAUCAUCAGCGCCGGAGCAUUACCAAAAACGGAUUUCAAGAAUUUUGGAAGGCUCAAGGGCGUGACCAAUUACACGAAUGACAUUUUGAUUUGGGGAGCAACCCGGGAGGAACAUAAUAUUCGUCUUCGGCAGGUACUUACAAGACUGCAAGAAAAUAACGUCACUUUGAACAGAGCAAAGUGCGUUUUCGGUGUUCAAGAAGUUAAAUUUUUAGGACAUAUAGUCAGUGCUAAUGGCAUUUCAGUUGAUCCAGGUAAAAUCAAUGCUAUUAGUAAAUUAAAACCGCCUACAAAUGUAUCGGAAGUCAGAUCAUUUAUUGGAAUGGUGCAAUAUUUAAGUAAAUUUGUACCAAAACUUUGUGACUUACUCGCUUCUUUUUAUACAUUAUUGAAAAAAGGUUCGGAGUUUCAAUGGCAAAAGUGUCAUGACCAGGCAUUUUCGAAGAUAUGUCGACAAUUAACAUCAGCACCUUGUCUUGCUAUUUUUGAUCCAUCACGUCCAAUUAUGGUGACAACAGAUUCUUCUUCCUACGGCCUUGGUGCAGUUUUACGGAUUCAAGAAGCGAGUGGUAGCUGGAGACCGAUGGCAUAUGUGUCCAGAACUUUGAGCAAUACGGAACGGCGUUAUGCUCAAAUUGAAAAAGAGGCUUUAGCGUUGACCUGGGCGUGUGAAAGAUUUCACGACUUUAUUUAUGGACUUCGCUUUCAAUUGGAAACUGAUCAUAAGCCGCUGGUUCCUUUACUUCAAGCAAAAAAUUUAGAUGAACUUAGUCCUCGUCUUCAACGUUUACGAAUGCGAUUGAUGCAUUAUGAUUUUGAAGUUUUCCAUUCACCGGGAAAGAACAUUGUAGCAGCUGAUUAUUUGAGUCGAGUUCCACUGCAAGAGGAUCUUCCAACGUCGGAUUUAGCAGAAGAAGUUGAAGCCCAUGUAUGUACAGUGGUACAACAUUGUGGUUUGUCUGACUUUACUAUGGCAAAACUAGUAGUCAGUCAACAAAAUGAUGAAGAGUGUAAAAUAUUACAAAAACUUAUCCUCAAUGGUUGGAACAACAAGCAGAAACUGGAGGCCGAUAUGAAACCCUAUUUUUCAUAUUACGAUAAAUUGUCGGUGAACGAAGGAGUUAUUAUGUUUGGACCUAGAGUGUUGAUGCCUAAGGAGCAACGAAAGGAAGCGUUGGAAGCGCUUCAUCUUGGACAUCAAGGUAUCAUUAAAUGCCGGAAUCGUGCCAACUCAAGCUUGUGGUGGCCGGGCAUUUCUAGAGACAUUAAGCAAAAAAUAAAACAGUGUCGUGUUUGUGCCGAACAUAGACCGAAUCGCCCGGAGCCAUUGUUGCCUUCAAAAUUUCCUGACUACCCAUGGGAAGUUGUUGCCAUGGAUUUGUUUAAAUUUAAAGACAAUUGGUAUUUGUUAGUUACCGAUUAUUAUUCUCGAUAUCCGGAACUUUAUAAAAGUAACGGUUUUAUUGAGGUUAUGGUAAAGACAAUGAAAUUAAGUCUUGAGAAAACUGGUGAUAUGCAUUUAUUUUUUAUGGAAUAUCGAUUGACACCAUUGGAAUGUGGUUUUACCCCCAGCGAACUUUUGAUGGGACGAAAAAUACGUUCAUUAUUACCAAUUCAUCCCGAUAAUUUAACACCUGUUUUAAUUGAUCGAAAGGUAUUGUUACAUCGUGAAAAUGUUCGAAUUCAACGGCAGAAAACUAAUCAUGAUGAAAAACAUUAUACGAAAGAGUCUAUUGCGUUGAAAGAAGGGGACGAGGUUUGGAUUAAGGAUGUUAGAAUGUGGGGAGUAGUGAAAGCAAAAUGUAAAGAACCACGUUCCUUUGUAAUUAAUUGCGCUAAAGGUGAUUAUCGUCGUACCCGAUCACAACUAGUUAAGUUGUUACCGUGCGAGGAUAAGGAGCCAGGUGAUGAUAGUUGUUCGGAAAGGAGUCCGUCCAGGAAGUCGCCCGUGACGACGGAAGCAGAGGAAACGGUGGACGACGCGCAGCCAACAGGAAACAGCGUCACACAGGACAACAUGGGAAAACGUAAGGAAAUUAUCAUCGAAAAACGAAGUGCUAUAAUCACUUUAUACAACGAAGGCUAUUCUUACCGCGAAAUAGCAAAAAAAUGA